AUGCUAUUUCUCUCGUCGCGGACAAUCUGUCCCCCCUUCCUCGUCGCCCUCGCUAUCUCCCCCCCUUCCCCGUGGCGCUCGCUAGCUCCCCUCCCUCCCCGUCGCACUCACUAUCUCCCCUCCCGCCCCGGCACCCUCGCCAUCCCUCCUCUCCCCUUCGCCCUCGCUAUCUCCCAUCCUCCUCCCCCUCGCGCGCGCUAUACCCCCUCCUCCCCCGCUCUCCCGUCGAGCUCGCUUUCUCGUCCCGUUUCCCGUCGAUCUCGCUUUCUCCCUCCCUCUCCCGUCGAUCUCGCUUUCUCCCCCUCUCUCCCGUCGAUCUCGCUUUUCCCCCCCCUCUCCCGUCGAGCUCGCUUUCCCCCCCCCCUCUCCCGUCGAUCUCGCUUUUCCCCCCCCCCUCUCCCGUUGAUCUCGCUUUUCCCACCCCUCUCCCGGCGAUCUCGCUUUCUCCCCCCCUCUCCCGUCGAUCUCGCUUUCUCCCCCCCUCUCCCGUCGAUCUCGCUUUCCCCCCCCCCUCUCCCGUCGAUCACGCUUCCCCCCCCCCCCUCUCCCGUCGAUCUCGGUUUUUUCUUCCCCUCUCCCGUCGAUAUCGGUUUUUUCCUCCCCUUGCGUCGUUGUCUCCCCAGUCCUGUCGCCCUCGCUGUCUCCCUCACGAUCUCCCCUCCUUUCCCAAGCCGCGCCUCUAAUGCCCCCGUCACCGCCAUCGCUCUUCUCUCUCUCCCGCGCCUCUCAUCCUUCCGACGGCAUCGCCGUCGCCUUCCCUCACUCCUCCGACACUUUGUUCGUCACCCUCACGCUCUUGCAUCGGGACAACCUGGACACACUUUCUUUCUAACACCAACAUCACCUUAUUUGUCCCUAUCGCCCUCUCUCCCUCUAGUAGCGUCACAAUUCCUGUCGUCCCCUCCCUCUCUCUCCUUUCGCCUCACCUUGUCAUUCUUCAGUUUCCUACUGAAGUGA